UCAGGUAAGCUCAGGUGAGCUGGCUGGCAUGCAGGUGGCUCACCGGUCUCGGAGCUCGGCUUGGAGCUCUCGGCCGGGUGGCAAGCCCUGCGACUCGCAGACGCAUGCGCAGUCGAUAAAACACAUUCGAAUCGAACGCUAGCGGUGCCGGUGGCGCGCAGCAGCAGCCUUAAAAUAUUUACCUUAAAAAACACUAACAAAAAAAAACAGAAACGAACUCGAUUGCAAUUUCCAUUCAUACCCCCCAUUCAUACGGAUUUUCGGCGUCUUUUUCGAAAGCUUUACUUUCUUUCUUUAGCCGAUCCUUGGACAGCUUUCAUUUUCAUUUUUCGAUCAAUCGCGAACCGGUUCGGCUUCUGGAUCGGUUUCCCAGUUACUUAAUCCCAGCGUUCAUGUAACCAUAAUCCUGGACAGCGUCAGGCAUGGGAUCGGAGCGAGUGGCGCUGCUAUAUCUUGUGCUGAUCGCCAUGCAGCAGGUGGCCACGGCCACGAUACGUCAGUCGCGCGAAAUUAUCAUCACAGAUGCGGUGCGACGCAUCCAGAACGACGGCUACAAUGUGGAGCGCCACACGGUGACAACGAAGGACGGAUAUGUCCUCACCCUGCAUCGCAUCCCCCAGGUGGAUCCGGAACGGGGAAGUGUAUUGCGACGCCCGUUGGUCUUUCUCCUCUCCGGACUAUAUGCCUCGUCGGAUGUGUGGCUGCUUAAUGGACGCGAGGACUCCUUGGCCUACCUCCUUUGGCGCGCCGGCUAUGAUGUCUGGCUGGGAAACAAUCGGGGCAACAUCUAUUGCCGCAAGAACCUGUGGCACAAUGCCACCGAACGCGAGUUCUGGGACUUUAGCUGGCACGAGAUGGGCGUCUACGAUCUGCCCGCCCAAGUGGACUAUGUCCUGCGAACCACCGGCCAGCGGGCGAUGCAUUUUGUGGGUAUCUCGCAGGGCGGCACCGUCUUCCUCGUUAUGAACUCGAUGCUGCCACACUACAAUGCUGUAUUCAAGAGCGCCACCCUCCUGGCACCGGUGGCCUAUGUCAGCAACACAAAGAGUGGCCUGGCCAAGAUCAUUGGACCGGUAUUGGGCACUCGGAACUACGUUUCCAAGAUGCUCGAAGGCGUGGAGAUGUUCUCCACGAACAAGUUCUUCAAAAAGUUUCUGUCGAUGACGUGUCUGGAGAACGAGAAGCCUAUGGUGUGCAUCAGUCGCUUGUGGCCCGUUGCUGGCUACGACACUCGUUUCCUGAACAAGACCUUACUACCGGAUCUGAUGGCAAACUUUCCGGCCGGUGGAUCAGUGAAGCAGUUGAUGCACUACUUCCAAGGAUAUGUGUCCACUCGGUUCCGGCAAUACGACUACGGUCCGGAGCGCAACUGGCUCCACUACCAGCAGCUGGAGCCGCCGGAGUAUGUCCUGGAGAAUGUGUCCACGCCGGUGACCGUGUUCUUCUCAGAAAACGAUUACAUCGUGGCGCCAGCCGAUAUUUGGAGGCUCCUCACCCGGCUGCCCAAUGUGGAGGCCGUGUACAAAGUGCCGUGGAAGCGCUGGAACCAUUUCGACUUCAUAUGCGGUCUGGGAGUCCGAGAGUACAUCUUCGACAACAUCGUUCUCUCCAUGAAUCGCUACGAGCAGCGGAGACGCUAAAGGACUUGGGUGGGUGUGGGUCUUUACAUCUUUAGGAAAAGAAGUGUCGCAGCCAGAACUAUCACUAGUGCCAAAAACAAAUUUUAGGUUUACGAAACUGAGUCUGCAGUUGAUUCGGCUACAUCAACUACAGAUACACGUACUGAUUAAUAAAUAAAUAAUUUAUAGAUUAGACUACGAAGA